AUGCAUACUCUGGUCCCAACUCUGGUCGCUACCCUUCCCACCGUCCGUUUGUGCCUCAUAUUUAUUAUUGUUUUCUUAAUCGUUCGCCUUUCCAUCAAACGUUCACAUCUACUACCUCUACCUCCGGGUCCGUUCGGCGUACCAGUGCUUGGAUUCCUGCCAUUCUUAGGCCAAAACUACUUUCACAUCACUCUAACCGACUUAUCCAAGCGUUUCGGACCAAUAUAUCAGAUAUUUCUGGGAAACAAACGUAUUGUAGUCAUCAACGAUACGAAUAUCAUUCGCGAAGCCUUUCGACUCCAAGUUUUCUCCGGAAGACCCGACACAGAGUUAACCAAAAUUCUUCAGGGAUAUGGAAUAAUCAAUUCGGACGGAGCGCUUUGGAAAGAGCAAAGAGCGUUCCUUCACACUGUGCUUCGAAAACUAGGCGCUAAAAGCUUCCUCCAGGGGCGCAAUUGCCUCGAGCACAAGAUUCGGGUGCAGGACUUUCUCUCUGAUCUCAAAGCGUGUGACUCUCGUCCGUGUCGUAUACGACCACUGCUCGCCUGUGCCGUCAGUAAUGUCGUCGGAUCUCUGCUCAUGAGUAUGACAUUCAAGAGCUCUGAAGACAAAACAUUCUUGCAUUUGUUGGGUCUGAUGGAGGAGGGCUUCCGACUCUUCUCCCUCGCAAUGCCCGUCAAUUUCUUCCCAUUCCUGCGAUUUGUUCCCGGAGUGAACUACGCCUACCAGAAGAUCAUUCAGAAUCGCACCGAAACGAGCUCUUACUUCAAGAAGAUUGUCGACGAACACAGGCAGACGCUGGACAGGGAUCAGAUCAGAGACUUUGUCGACGCAUAUCUCGUCCAACAGGAAAAGUAUAAGAAAGCCGGACAACACUCGUACUUCUCGGAGGAACAGCUGAUUCAAGUGAUGAAUGAUAUAUUCAGCGCCGGUCUGGAGAACGUCACGUCGACCAUCGAGUGGGCCGUUCUCUUCCUUAUGUUGAACCCAAAAGUCCAGAAACAGAUCCAAUCGGAGGUCGACGAAGUGGUCGGUAGUAAACGUAUGCCACAAUUGGAUGACAUGAGUUCUAUGCCCUACACUGAGGCCACCUUUUGGGAAGUUCUCCGCAGAUCUAAUGUCAUUGCACUCGGAAAUACUCACUCCACUCUUGAAGACUCCGAGCUUUGCGGUCACCGAAUCCCCGCCGGAACUCACAUAUUACCGAAUUUAUAUGCCAUAAAUAUGGACCCAAAACUAUGGAUAGAUCCCGAAAAGUUUGAACCGCAAAGGUUUCUAAGAAAUGGAAAGGUUUUUAAACCUGAUCAUUUUAUACCAUUCUCUGUCGGGCGGCGAAUGUGUUUAGGAGAUGUAUUGACUAAAAUGGAAGUCUUUCUCUUCCUCUCGAGUUUAUUACAAGAAUUCGAUUUAUGUGUUCCCGAUAUCGAAGACCCGCCCAAAGCGCAGGGCAUUGUCGCCGCCUCUAUGGCACCCAAACCAUAUCAGGUGUGCGCCGUUCCCCGCAAUCGCAACAACUGA